UCAAGUAAAAAUAUGUUCACUAGAAAAACAUCAUCUUCAUCUUCAUCGUCCGAGCCUCUAGUUGUGGGGAGAGUGAUAGGAGAUGUAGUUGAUCCUUUCGUAAUGGCGAUAAAGAUGUUGGUUGCAUACAACAACAACAAACAAAUCUUCAAUGGUCAUGAACUUUUACCUUCCCAAAUCACAUCCAAGCCCCGAGUUGAAGUUCAUGGUGGUGACUUGAGAACCUUCUAUACUUUGGUGAUGACCGAUCCUGAUUUCCCAGGACCCAGUGACCCGUACCUGAGGGAGCAUCUCCAUUGGGUAGUGACAGAUAUUCCUGGCACAACUGAUGCCACAUUUGGGAAGGAGAUGGUGAAAUAUGAGAUACCAAUGCCCAACAUAGGCAUUCAUAGGUUUGUGUUUGUUUUGUUCAAGCAGAGGAGCCGUCAGUCGGUUCGGCCUCCUUCGUCGAGGGACCACUUCAACACUCGGCGUUUUGCUGCCGACAAUGAUCUUGGCCUGCCUGUUGCGGCUGUCUUUUUCAAUGCUCAAAGAGAAACCGCUUCCCGUAGGCGCUAA